CUGGGUGGACACUAUGUGGAAGCCUGGGACAAUACACCAUUCGUUCCAGGAGGAUGCUUUCAGCUGUGGUGUCUUUGUGAUGCAGAUGGCCAAGCAGGUGGUGGAACACUUUCCAAACAUUCCUGAGAGCAUCAACAUAAUACCCAGCAAAGAGGAGAUGUGCCACAUCAGGAAAAAUGUUGCCAAAACAAUUUUGCAGGCAUCAGUGUCGAGAGAUGAGUAUUGCUCUGUAUGUGGACAAAAAGACACUAAGGACCAAACAGAGGAGCUCUGCACCUGGGUUCAAUGUGAAUUAUGCCAGAGGUGGUUUCAUGUCCAGUGCCUCGAAAUUAAUCUGCCACCAAAAGAGGAACCAUGGAUUUGUGGUUUGUGUUUGUAAGCUAUUCAGUUAGAG